AGUGGGCACGCGGUUUCGCUGCAGUAUUCGCGAACUAUGUGAAUGAUGUGUUUUUGUUGGUUUUUAUGUUUAUAAAAUGGAUGGCGAAAAUAGGAUUAUACUUAACGUUGGUGGUAUUAGAUACGAAACCUACAAAGCGACUUUGAAGAAGAUCCCUGCGACUCGACUGUCACGUCUGACGGAGGCGCUCGCUAACUACGAUCCUGUCCUCAAUGAAUACUUCUUUGAUCGACACCCGGGUGUCUUCGCGCAGGUGCUCAACUAUUACAGAACCGGUAAACUGCACUACCCAACAAAUGUAUGUGGGCCUCUUUUCGAAGAAGAGCUGGAGUUCUGGGGUCUGGACUCCAACCAGGUGGAACCGUGCUGCUGGUCUACCUACAGUAUACAUAGAGAUACACAGAAUACUCUGGCAAUCCUGGAUAAACUCGAUAUCGACAGUGAAAAGCCAUCUGAAGAAGAGAUUGCAAGAAUCUUCGGGUAUGAAGAAUCUUACCAUGCUGGGGAGCUCGGCCCCUGGCAGAGGAUCAAGCCCAAGGUCUGGGCUCUAUUUGACGAACCUUCCAGUUCACCAUCUGCAAAGAUGAUAUCCGGCACAUCCGUCUUCUUCAUAUGCGUCUCAGUCCUCUGUUUCUGCCUGAAAACCCACCCCGACCUUCGAGUGACAGAGCCGUACAAUAUUCUGAAUUUCACGAUUAAUGAUACAGCCGUUGCGACCCUAUGGCAUGAAAACGAGCAGCCACACGUCGCUUUCUUCUACAUAGAGCUACUCUGCAACGUGUGGUUCACAAUUGAACUUCUUGUUAGAUCUGUGGUAGCACCAAACAUAAUCGAAUUCGUGAAAUCUCCAGUGAAUAUAAUAGACUUCAUUGCCACACUAAGUUUCUAUAUGGACGUUGUAGUUGAACUGGCAGUAGUGAGACGAAAAAUAGACAAAUCAGAUAUAUUAGAAUUUAUAUCGAUCGUGAAAAUAUUGCGUUUAUUCAAACUGACGAGGCAUAGUCCGGGUUUGAAGAUAUUGGUGCAUACGUUUAAGGCGUCUGCGAAAGAAUUGACACUUCUUGUGUUUUUCCUUGUGUUAGGAAUCGUGAUAUUCGCCAGCCUGGUAUAUUAUGCUGAGAAGUCACAAGACAACCCUGACAAUCAGUUCAAAUCGAUCCCACUUGGACUCUGGUGGGCGAUCGUUACCAUGACAACAGUCGGCUACGGAGACAUGGCUCCAAAGACCUAUUUGGGGAUGUUUGUUGGGGCCCUGUGUGCCUUGGCAGGGGUGCUCACGAUAGCUCUACCAGUGCCGGUCAUCGUGUCCAAUUUCUCCAUGUUUUAUUCACAUACGCAAGCUCGGUCAAAACUUCCGAAGAAGAGACGUAGAGUGUUACCCGUUGAGCAACCUCGAAGGAAACGCGACGCCACUGCCUCAAAUCGUCGCGUGAACGCUGUGAAACACCCGGUUGUGUUAAAGGACCUUCAGGGAGCUAACAAGUUCGGUGUUAACGGCAUGAACAUGAUUAGUUUGGCUUUACAAGGUCCACCGACUGUACUUCGACCUCCACCCACGGCACAGCCGUUACAAGCUCGGGCUCCUAUAGUCGAGAGUCCGAUAGUAAACACGCAAUGCGCUGCCAUAUCGUUGGCAUCACUACAACCUCCCCUGAUGACUGCCCCGCCCUUACAACCACGGCCUGCCACAACCGGAUCAUUAGAUCUGAUGCUACCCUUGCAACCAAAACUCUUACCAGGAUACAACCUGCAAUCAUCAUUUCUAUCCAGCACCUUGUCAACUGUCCGACCUCCGGAUUUGAACAAAAUUAUCAGAGAUGACUUUAAGCCAACAGUCGAUGUAAUUGUUGAGAAAUCGGAAGACGUAGAUAACAAAACGUGUUGUGAUGUAGGUAGAAUUAUAGAUGAUAAUGAAUGUUGUGAAAUUAAUUCGAAUGUUAUAGACAACGAUGCAUGUAAAGAUAGUCCUAAUAAUAAUUCUGUUUAGACCCAUGUUACUGUUUUGUUUAUUAAAUUUAAA